CGGAGAUGGCGAAACUAUUUAGCCAGCCUCUGGUUACAGAGAGUAUCAAGAAAAACCAACACGUCCGCCGCGAAGCUUGGAGCUUCUACAAGAUUAAGAAAUGGAGAGAUAAUGAGGGAAAUCACAUUCAAGGCAAGAAGCUGAAUCGGGCGGUGAAGAGGAUUACCAACCUCUGCGCCGUCUAUCUCACCCACAACGUCGAGCUAGGCCCGGGAGGAAAAUACGGAUCGGGCGUGUUCUCCUUACACAGCCGGAUCAGCCAUAGCUGCGUCCCCAAUGCCUAUAGUUCGUGGAACCCGACUUUGGAACGGUUGACUAUACAUGCAAUUCAUGACCUCAAGGCCGGCGACAAAGUAUUUAUAAACUAUACCGGUAAAGUUUGCCGAACUCGUCAACAGCGUGCGUUCUCUCUCUCCACGACGUGGGGGAUAGUUUGCAAUUGUGUGGCCUGUACCGAACCAGCAAUCGAUCAAAUGCGACGUCGUAUGCUGGUAAUCGACCAAGCUUUGGCAGCAUACGCAUGCGGUGCGUCUCGGGAAUUGAAUUUCAGUGCUAUCUACGGCAUUCCGCAAAUAUCGACAGCUAAGGAAGCCCUAGAAGCGGCAGAAGAGCUUUCACAGCUCUUUAAGAGACAGAGACUAUGUAGCAUGGAACUUUGUCAGGCGUUUCGCGAUUGUUCAAUGUAUGCCCUCGACGCCGGGCUCUCCGAUGUGGCCCUUGAGUAUGCGGGCAAAGAGUUCGACCUUGAGAAGCUUCUGAUCGGUACUGAAACUCCCCAUCUUAAAGAGGAUCUGAACGGGGCCAAAUAUUGGAUCGAAUACAUACGAAAUGAGAUAGGCUGUAUGCCAUCCUAGGAGCGUACUAGGUGUCAUGGUAGGGGUUCCGUUCGUGGACAGUUAUGGAGAGAUCGCUCAGUUAUCAUCAUUGACGUCUGGAUAGGUCUCUAGACAUGUAGGUAUUUCUGGACCUAGUAGUUACCUAGGUACCUAAAUAAAUGAUGAAUCCUUCUAUGAAGUGAGUUUGCUUUUUCCGUUGACUGAAGUUUUCCGAUUAUGUAAGUUCUUGGAUGACUCGGGACUCAGCUGUCGAUUAUUAUUAGAAGAACU